UAUACUGCGAGACGAUUCUCGCCCACCCUCUCUCUCUCCUUAUGCAAAAGGAGCGCUAGAAAGGAGGAGAUUUUGACGACUUGUGAGGGUGUCGGUGACUCGCCGAAAGAGGAACAGAUUGAAGCAACGAAAUCAAGAAGAAAUUGUUAAGAAUUCAAGGUUACGACCUAAUCGCCGGCCUUCCGUCUCUUCUCUUUAUCCCUUUGAAUUACUCAGCAGUUUUCUUUUUAUAUUUCUGAGGUUUUUCUUCUCUUUUUCCAAUUUUCCAUUUCUGUUUUUGAUUGUCGAUUUUGCUGCAUCCGAUUUAGCUUUUGUGUGAUUUUAUUCGUUGAAUUCGAUCCCGUGGUCCGAUCUAUUGGAUCUGAUCUAAAUGGCGGCGUCACGGCGGCUUCGGGAUCUUCAAUCACGGCCGGGGAAUAAGAUCUGUGUUGAUUGUUCACAGAAGAAUCCCCAAUGGGCCUCCGUUUCAUAUGGUGUUUUUAUGUGUUUGGAAUGCUCCGGGAAACACCGUGGUCUUGGUGUUCAUAUCUCGUUUGUUAGAUCCGUUACCAUGGAUUCUUGGUCUGAGAUCCAGAUCAAGAAGAUGGAGGCUGGGGGUAAUGAGCAGCUUAAUGCCUUCCUUGCGCAAUAUGGAAUCUCUAAAGAGACGGAUAUUGUGACCAAAUAUAAUACCAAAGCGGCUGGCGUUUAUAGGGAUCGAAUUCAAGCCCUAGCCGAGGGCCGAUCUUGGAAGGAUCCGCCGGCUUCGAAGGAGAACAUUGGUGUUGGAAAAUCGAGGCCUCCAUUGGCGCAAAGUGCUGGUGGAGGUGGGAGUAAGACGAAUAACGGAGGUUGGGAUAGUUGGGAUAACGACGAUAAUUUUAGAUCUUCUAGUGAUAUGAGGCGAAACCAAUCGACUGGCGAUGUUCGUGGCAUGGGCGGCGGAGGGGCGCCAUCCAGGUCAAGAUCAACCGAGGAUAUUUAUACACGGUCUCAAUUGGAGGCCUCUGCUGCAAAUAAAGAUAAUUUUUUCGCCAUGAAAUUAGCUGAGAAUGAUUCACGGCCUGAAGGAAUUCCACCAUCACAGGGAGGAAAAUAUGUUGGUUUUGGGUCGAGUCCUGCACCUACUCAAAGGAAUGAUGCACAAAGUGACGUUUUCUCUGUUGUUUCUCAGGGAUUUGGUAAAUUAUCUCUGGUUGCUGCUUCUGCGGCUCAGUCAGCAGCAAAUGCUGUUCAAGCUGGUACAAAAGAGCUCACUACCAAGGUGAAGGAGGGUGGCUAUGAUUACAAGGUGAAUGAAACCGUCAAUGUUGUCACGGCAAAAACAACAGAAAUUGGGCAGAGGACGUGGGGACUUAUGAGAGGUGUAAUGGCAAUUGCUUCACAAAAGGUUGAAGAGUACACCAAAGAUGGCUGGCAACGAAAUGAAAGUGUGAAAAAUGGAUAUUAUCAAGAAUUUGAACACGAUAACAAAGGAUGGAAUUCUUCUGGGACAGGACAAUCAUCAGGAAGUGCACAUGGACAGAACAAUUCUUACAGCUCAAAUUCUUGGGAUGAUUGGGAUACCGCCAAAGAUAGCAGGAAAGAGGAAACAACCAAAAGCAGUGGAUCCCAUAACAACAACAGCAGCAGCAACAACAACAAUGAUGGCUGGGCUGGCUGGGAUGACCUAAAGGAUGAUGGAUACGAUCACUAUUAUCAGGCGUCAUCUGAUCGGAAAACGGUUGGUCAAAAUGGAAAAGCUGGUGGUGGCACAUGGUCGGAAGGAGGCUUUCUCUGAGGUAGCAUCUGAAUACACCACAAACUAGAUCCUGGUUUUCUCCAAUGGUGAAAAAUUGAAUAGUUGGAGUAGCUCAUACGGAUGGCUGGUCAACACACUGGUAAAGAUGAUGAUUACAAGAACAUGUAGCUAGAGCUGAUCAGAUUCUUAUGGAAGUGGAUAUCAAAUCCUACAUGGGUCGCUCAUAUUUUGUUGAGGUUAGUACAUUUGCAGUCGUUUUCUCUUUACUUUUAUUGGGGGGCAUGCUGUAUUUGCAAUUGUUGUAUCCAUCAAAGACGUCUAUAGUGGUAACCCCCCAAUUUAAAGACACUGUUUAUUAUGUGCCCGGCAACAUUAUUUGUGACUUCACGAUUGAAUUUUUCUCUCUAUAUUUGCUUUGUAAUGAAUAGAAGUUGAUUCGCUUUCAAGCAAGUUUAUCUGUUCGAAUGGUUACGAACAUUAGAUAAUUCUCGUGAAUGUUUGGUAGCACUUUG